AUGCGAGUACUCCACUUGCAGCGAGUUACGUGCCCUAUGUGGGAUAUAGUCCUUAUUAAUCUCGACCCGCAAGUGCCGUCUGCCUGUGACCUAACGCCACUUCGCCAAAAUCUAUGUAGUUGGAAUAGACAGAAAGGGUACUGCCACGAGUUCAAGGAUCAAAGCGAGGUCCCAGCCCUGAUAAGAUAA